CGUAUGCGCGUAGGUGACCGACAGCAACGCACCAAGUAGUGGGGCGGGAAAGCUCGGGCCGUCCGUGAGCCUUUGCAUGUAGUAAUCUUACGUACGCGAGACCGUUCUGCGUGUGCGUAAAAUCGGGCAAUUUUUGUUAGCGCCAUCUGCUAGUGGGGCGGCAAAACUCUUGUAUAUACGGAAAAGUAGUGGGAAAAGUACAUAAGCAUACCCCCACCACGUCUUCCGCACCUCUAUUCCUAUCUACACUCAACGCCUUUACUACCCAUACCCACAGUGAAAGAAUCAUCGUGCCCAUAUCUGAAGACCUUUGCAAUCCAUAACCUCAUAUUGGGACGACCCUACUUCGCACGUUUCAUGUUUAACUUCUCUAGACCUCCAUAUGUAGCUCGUAGUGUGUCGGUUAUAGAUAAGGUAUUCUAAUCAGAUCUUGUAACGUUCGACAUGUCCCGACGUCCGGAGCAUUUGGCACCGCCCGAAGUAGUAAGACUGAUAACUUCCUUAUGUGAUUGGAUGGUAGAUAUUCAUUCCUCUCGUUUUCAACACCUUUAUGCAAUAAAUUACAGUUCUACAAUGAAGCAGAAGCCCAGAAGUACACACAGAAGUACGUUAUUUCUCGAUAAGGUCCAGAUGUGUGAAAGAGCCAUUGAAUUGCUGUUGUUACCAGAGGAUGAGCCGUGCCUCCUUUUAGACAUCGGCUGUGGGUCUGGACUUAGUGGAAGUGUGUUAGAAGACCAAGGUCAUACAUGGGUCGGUGUAGAUAUCUCUUCUGCAAUGUUGAAUGUAGCCAAAAAGAGAGAAGUGGAAGGUGAUUUAAUUCUAAAUGAUGUGGGCCAAGGUGUUCCUUUCAGAGCUGGUAGUUUUGAUGGAGCUGUGAGCAUAUCUGCACUACAAUGGCUUUGUAACGCUGAUAAAACUUGGCACAAUCCAGUCAAACGGUUGUAUCAGUUUUUUUCAUCGUUGUUCGCUUCUUUAUCAAGAACAGCCAGAGCAGUUUUUCAGUUCUAUCCAGAGAAUAGUGAUCAAAUUGAGUUGGUUACAACACAGGCAACUAAAGCAGGUUUUUCUGGUGGGAUAGUUGUUGAUUAUCCCAACAGUACCAAGGCUAAGAAAUUUUUCUUGGUUUUGAUGACCGGAGGUGCAAUGCCUCUUCCUAGAGCCUUGGGUUCAAGCAAAGAUAACUCAUCUGUGUCUUAUACGUCUAAGAGAGAACGGAUCAAAAAGACUCGAGGAAAACCACUGAAAAAAAGUAGAGAGUGGAUCUUGGAGAAAAAAGAGAGAAGGCAAAGACAGGGUAAAGAAGUUAGAGAUAAUUCAAAAUAUACUGGGCGAAAGCGAAGUGGUCGAUUUUAAAAAGUGUUAUUAUAAAUUAGCUAUAAUUAUAUGUAAAUAAUCUAUGUGCCAGUUGAUUUUUCUCGUGAAAACUUUCUGCGCUUUUUUUUGCACCAUUAAGUUAGUACUCAAACUGAAUAAACUCUACUUUCCUAAAA